AAGUAUGCAUAGUUAUUGUGCUUAAAGAAGAGCUUUAUUUCUGAUAAGACUGGCCAAAAAAACUGAACAAUUAAAUGUGAAAAUAACUGAUAUAGGAGAAAAUACAACACAUAUUAACCCAAGAAGAGAGAGAAAAAGAGGAGAGAAAAACAAAAAUAAAAUAAAUAGAUGGUGAUGCAUCAAAGUAUUUCAAGUUUUAUUUGUAUUGUUAUUUAGUUUAAAUUAUUUUAGCAUAAAGUUCAGUUCAACUUGCACUAUGUCAACUCUGAAAACAGAUUUGUUCAUUUUAAUCUUAUGUCGGAGGCGUUCUGCUGACCUGAUGCUGGAAAAUUUGUAGUUGCUUGAUGACUUAAGUCAUCACUUACCAACAUUAAGAUGAAGUCAUGGUUUUCUUAACCUACUUUUAUCAGCACUUGUAGUUUUACAAGAAUCAUUUAUUUAUAUAAAUGCUUAUUUUCAGUAUAUGUAUCAAACAUAGCUUACACUGCCUGUUAUAUGCUGCAAAAGAAUACAAUAGAGCAUGGAAUUCAGGGUGGGAUCUAAGCUCUUAAAAAAGAUGGUUCUUCAAGGGUUCUUUAGUAAAGGGAAUGGUUCUAUUUAGAACCAUGAGUUUUAUAUAGAACAAUUUCAUGCUUAAAUGUUUCUUUGCAUGGCGAAAACAUUAUUUAGGUUGAUAGAGAAUUUUUUGUAUAUGGUUUUAUGUAGAACCUUUUUGAAAAUGCACUAAACAAUGUAACAAUAGAAGAACCCCUUUGGUGCUAUAUAGAACUAUUUUCAGAAAGAAAAAUUUAACCAUGAAUGAUUCUGAAUAGAACCAUUCCCUUUACUAAGGAGCCCUUGAAGAACCAUCUUUUUUAAUUGUGUGGCAUCUAGGGAACCCUGAAAGCUGCUUUCAUGAAAAGGAAGCAUGACAGGAUCUUGGUUAAAAAGCUACUCUUCGUUUUCUUAGUCUAACACCCCUCCAGUAACCAGCAGAUUUUUCAGUUGAGCCAGUCUGCAUGUUGCAGUGAGCUAUGGCAGAGGUUUAGCUCUGCUCUUGGGGACCCACUCUUGUAGACCCACUCAGUUUCAGCUGCCUCAGCACACUUUACCCAACUCAUGAAGGCCUACGUGAGGAACUGCAUUAGGUGUGUUGGGGCAGGAAAGAAACUGUCUUUAUGAGCGGGAUUUAGAAAUACUAAGUUAGAAGGUGCAGAAAUAAAAAAGUAACUGUGGCAGAACUGGAAGGUUAUAUGUGACAAGAACCUGUUUUACCAAUUUGUUCAUUGAUCAUACACAUAUUUACAAAUGUCUGGACAAGCGCAGACUGUAAGGGGUGGAAUUGAGAUAAAGCAUCCCCAUCUAGCCUCUGUGCAUUGGUAUACUUUGGUGCCAGCAUGGUGACAAGUGCUGCAGUCUCCUCUGAGUGUUUUGCUAUGUUAGAAAGUUUAAAAGACCAGGCAAGUUGCUUGGGGUGUCCUGUAAUAGGGAAGAGCCAGGUUGUCCUGAACAAGAGUAAACUAUGAAAAAGCCUAUUAGAUAGUAGUAGACAAGACUGUUGAUUGGAAAAAAAAUUGUGUAAUCCCAGCAAAAAAAAAUAUCUGUACUUCCUCCAAACAGUUAAUUUUACUAAAUUUCUGUUUAGUCUCGUGCAAAUUUCACAUACACACCUGCUGCUUCACCUUAUAAGGUUGCAGAUCACUUUCAACAUAGAAAUCCAUGUCCAUACAAAUAACUACUACAUAAAAUAGAAAUUUAUUAUAAAACCCAGAAGUUGCUAGCAAAGAUGUUUCUUUCAGAAACAGUUGAUAGUUAAUUUAUAAUUUCACAAACAGAUCACUAUAAUACACUUAGUUCUGCCAGGCCAAACCCUUAACGGAUGUCCUUAUCAGAUCUGAAGUUGAAGCAAUCAACCAUUUCAUCUGCAUCUCAUGUAAACACCAGGUUUUGACUUACCACAGGUUGCACACAUGGGAGUUAUACUCAGAUAAUUUUCUCAUAGAACAAUGACAUUCAUAUCACGAAACUUCCCUUGAUCACGAAAAUCCCUUGAUCACAAAAACUGUCAAUGGAAAGGUAUCAUAACUGUUAGGUUAAUACAGGUCAAAUUCUGGAAUAGUACACAAGGUUUCUUAAAAACAGAAGUUCUUCAUCACUUGUGCAAGUAAAGCACUUCUGAAUCUCUAUGAGGUGAAUCAGUUGAAAUUAACAUUUCAGGAUGUUUAACGUUAAUUCCAGUGUGUUUUAAAGGUUGGAAUGUGUAGGUAAGUUCCUUUCUCCUUACAUUUCCUAACAAUGCUGCUUUUCCUAACAUAGCUAACAAUGUUGCUGCAACUUUCAUGUCAUUAAAGCAAUGGUUUGCCAAAAAUCAAGUACACACAAUUUUACUCCCAAAUGUUGAUCAGAAAAAGGCAUGUUGAAUGCAUUUAAUGAGGCUUUAAAAGCACCAGCAUCAUACAAAAGCAUUUGGCUAAAUCUCACUUGCCCUAAAAAAAGAGUUCUUUUCUCAAAUCUAGCUACCAACAGCCAGAAGCCAGAAUUGUAUCCAUACAUUGUACAGCUUCAUAAAAAGCAGUAUAUUAUAGUUUAACAUAAGCAAGUCUAUUUGAGACUGUUUAACAACUUAAAGCACUUUAAGGCAAAUAUGCUAAGAUUUAGGCAUGCAGUUUGAACUAUGCUAACCUGGCGGCAACACGCUUUCAUUACUUCUUAUCUCAAUUGGUUCAGUACCUGCAGUUACAUGUUUUUUUGCAUAUUACAUUAUUUUUGUUCCUGUCUCUACAGUUAUUACCAGUGUACACUGCAAUUAAUUUGCUUGAUUUAUGACUAUAUAACAGAUUAAUUUGCUGUGCAUCUUUGUGUGUCAUGUCUAGUGACCAUGGCCAUGACUAAUGGAACCUCAUCACAAAACUCAACAGAUAACUGCACGCUUCCAUAUGAAAACGACAAAUUUCCUCUCCUGGUUGUGUACAGCAUUGUCCUCAUUGUGGGUCUACCUGCCAACAUGGUCACGGUCUACCUUACAUUCCUUCAGGUCUGUCGGAAGAAUGUGUUGGGAAUAUACUUGCUGAGCUUGUCUGUGUGUGACUUGAUGUACUUAGGAACACUACCCAUGUGGACUAUUUAUAUAAACGAGAGUCACAAGUGGAACCUGGGCUCCCUGGCUUGUAAAGUCACAGGCUACGUCUUCUUCAAUAACAUGUACAUCAGCAUCUUCCUCCUGUGCUGUGUCUCUGUGGACCGUUACGUGGCAGUGGUGUAUCCGAUGGAGUCUCGGGUUCUGAGAAAAAUGAAACGAGCUGUAAUAGUCACUGUGGUGAUUGUGGCAGUGGUGGCUCUGGGCCACAUGCCAGUGUUUACCAUGACAGAAGGUGACACAGAGGCUAGGCAGGAGAAGCGUUGCUUUGAGCCUGGGCAAAACACACUCACCGUAACAGGCUUCAACUACGCCCGCUUUGUCAUCGGAUUCUUCAUUCCUCUGUGUAUUCUACUUGUCACUAACCAUGCUGUCCUUACCAAAGUGGAGGAAAGUGAAGGCCUAAGGGCAGAACAGAAGGUCAAAAUCCGUUACCUUGCUGUAGCAGUCAUCCUGUUCUUCCUGGUCUGCUUCACCCCCUACCAUGUCAUCCUUUUACUACGGGCCAUCAGUUACCACUUCCCAAGCUGGGGUUGUGAGUUUGACAAAACAGUCUAUACACCUUACACCAUAUCUCUCGGCCUCUCCACCGUUAAUAGUGCCAUGAACCCAGUACUGUACGUGCUGGCUAGUGACAAUGUCCGGAAAGAGAUCAGGAGAAGUUUGACCAGCCUACGCAGUGGCAGCUUGUUCCGGACUCAUUUGUCAGACAGAAACCACAGCCUCCGAAACUCCUCAGGUGCACGCAGUUAAAAGGAAUGACAUGGCUACACAUCCUUUCAGACUCAUAGUGUUGAGUUG